CAUCUAAUCUAAUAACUCUCCAAACAAACAGCAUGUGUACCAAAAAUGGUGGUGGCAUUCCACUAAGCCACAUAUUAUAUACAACACUGCAUAUGUCUUAUAUUUACACGCACAUGAACACACACUAGCUAACCGACUCCAUCCCAUCAAAAUCUUGAAAAAUAACCCUAAUUUUCAAGAAAUUAACCUCUUCAAUGGGUCAUCAAUGGCUAAGCUUAGUUGGUACAAUUUGGCUUCAAUCCAUUAGUGCAACAAACUCAAACUUCCCAUCGUACUCUUCCCAGCUGAAGCAGCUUCUUUCACUCUCACAGCUUCAGCUCAACAAUUUAGCUUUCGCUUCAGAUUCUGGAAAACUCUUCGGUUUUUUAUCAGGCAUGGCAGCAGAUCAUCUCCCUCUUUGGCUUGUUCUUUUAAUCGGUUCUUCACUGGGGCUCAUAGGCUAUGGCGUUCAGUAUCUUUUCCUUGUAACAAAUAAAGUCUCCUCCCUUCCCUACAGUCUUUUGUUUCUACUAACAGUUUUGGCUGGGAACAGCAUUUGUUGGAUCAACACCGUUUGUUACAUGAUCGCAAUACAGAAUUUCCCACUGGAUUUACAACUUGCAGUUGGUUUAUCAACUAGUUAUCAAGGAUUGAGUGCAAAGAUUUAUUCAGCCGUAGUUGAUGUGGUGUUCAAGUCAUCAUCUUUAACGUCAAUACAAACAACAAGAUCAUAUCUUUUGUUGAAUAGUAUUCUACCCCUCGUGGUUUGCUUGAUCACUUCACCGUUUGUUACAGUGGUUACCACUGCAAGAUCGAAGAGAUUAUCACGUGGGUUUUUUGUGAUCUUUGCAAUCACCAUAUUUACAGGAACUUAUGCAGUGAUCACCAGUUUAGAAUCAAGGAAAAGACCGUUUACUCCGUUGGUAAUUUUAAUUGGUAUGUGUGUGUUCUUGUUGGCCCCUUUAGUGGUUCCAUUAGUGGAGAAAUUGAGAGAGAAAAUGGAGCAUAAAUGCUUGAUCAGAAGCUACGGGAAGAAGGUAUGCGAUGAGAGCAGCAUGGAGGAAAAUGGAUUAGGGGUGGUGAAUGAACACUGUGUGAAAGAUGAAGGGGUGGUGAUGUGUGAUGGUGAAGAGAUGGAGGCUAAAGUAAUGGUGAAAAGAUUGAAUUUUUGGUUGUAUUUCUUUGUGUAUUUGUUUGGUGCAACAGUUGGGAUGGUGUAUUUGAACAAUUUGGGACAAAUUGCUGAGUCAAGAGGGAAUUCAAGCACUUCUUCUUUGGUUUCAUUGGCUUCGUCUUUUGGUUUCUUUGGUAGACUCUUUCCUUGCCUCCUUGACUACCAUCUCUCAAGGACCAAAUACAAGGUUUCAAGGCCAGCUUUAAUAGCAUUGAUGAUGGUCCCAAUGACAGGAGCUUUCUUCUUACUCCUUAAUGGUAGCAACAUAUGUCUUCACAUAAGUACAGCCAUUAUCGGGAUAUGCACAGGUGCGGUAUCCUCGGCCUCUGUGUCAACAACAGCUGAGCUUUUUGGGGCCAAGAACUUUAGUGUCAACCAUAAUAUUGUGGUCGCAAAUAUCCCAAUUGGGUCCUUCUUGUUUGGAGAUAUGGCAGCAUUUCUCUAUCGAACCGUUUUGGCCAUAAUUCUUCAUUCGAGAUCUAGAAAGGCUUAA